AUGGAAAGGAACAUUUUGAUAUAUCUGACAAUUUUAACGGUGAUUGAGUGUUCAAAAAAUUUAGGAAAAAUCUGUGAUUUGGUAACGGAUGACUUACUGAAGCAGUGCUAUCUACGGGAGACCUUGGUGUCAUUGAGCCACAGCCCCAAUCAAUUGGCUGUAAAUAAACUCACAAACACUGUCUACUUCAGUUAUGAUUCCGGACAAGGAGAGUACAUCCCUGCUGCGGUUCAGAUCGACACAAAGAAGGUGACAAUCUUGAAGGGUGUCAAAGACGCCUUUGCUGUUACUAAUGACCCGAUCAACAACGAAAUGUAUUUCGGAGGCAGCAACGGAAUUUACAAGUACAACCCGGCACUGCAAAGCCUAAAACGACUGACAUUGAAAAAUCUUGACAUUUGGUGGUUGUUUUUCAAGAGACUAAUUUAUUUUAUCAGAUUUCCUAGCUUAAACGUGUACUACUAUCACAACAGAUCAGUAAAACCACUCAUUCCACUCAAGAACGUAACUGUCAAUCAAUUUGUACUAGACAAUGAUGAGAAUAUAUUCUUCAUUAACGGCACAGGCUUAUAUGGAAUCAAAAAUGGUAAAAGUGAUAUAAUAUUACUUAGGGACAACCCUCGAUUCUUAGGAAUGGCUGCGAAUAACAAAGGGCACGUAUAUUUGUGUAGUGAAAACGAAAUAUUUGUUAUAAGUAAGAUGAUUCAAAAAGUGAAGAAAAUAGUGAAUAUACAGGGUGUAUUGGGAAUGACAUUCGACAAAGACAAUAAUAUGAUUUAUUCGGACUCUCAUGAGAUCGUCCGCCUCCUACCCAUAUCAAAAAGCUUUUCCAAAUUUUAA